UUAGAGUAGCUGAGGAAUCUCUUUCUCCUUUGCAUUAUUGCCCUUCCAUUUAUUCUUUUUUCUCCACUUUCUCUUGCCUUUUUAUAUUGCUCUGCUUUUCACUUUCUUUCACUCUCAAAUUCUCUUACGAGGCUAAAAAGUUGUGUGUUCUUCUUCUAUCUUCUCAAUAUUCUUUCCUCUCCCUGAUUUUGAAGAUGAGUUCCUCAAUGAUCAAGGUUUUGAUGAUCUUGGGUCUUCUGGCCGCUUCUUGUAUGGCCCAGGCACCGGGGCCUGCACCCGUACCCUCACCCAAAGCAGCUCCCACACCAUCACCUAAAGCAGCUCCCACACCAUCACCCUCUGCUCCAACACCAUCACCUGCAGCCCCAACUCCAUCUCCCACGCCAUCUCCCACUCCAUCUCCCACUCCAUCCCCCACACCAGCCGCAACUCCAUCUCCAACCACAGCACCAACCCCAUCUCCCACUGCAGUUCCUACUCCCUCUAAAUCCCCCUCUGAAGGACCUACGGGUAGUCCUCCUCCUGCCUUUUCCCCUUCCAACCAGCCUACUUCUGACCAGACCCCUAGCAGUGCCGCCUCCUUCAGCAGAGUUUUGAUUGCUGGAACUGCCCUCACCGCUACUGUCUUCGCCGUGGUCUUGGCUUAAGAAGUGAGAGUGGUGAUGAUGAUUUAGGGUGGGUCGUGGAGGUCGUGUUCGGACUUCGGGUCACGAUUCUUGAGAUCUGUUUUCUAAUCCUGUUUUCUCAUUGUUGAGUAGUGUUUCCUUUUUCUUUGUUUUUGUUUUUGUUUUUGUUUUUGUUUUUUUUAAUUUAUUUGUCAUUUGAGUUUGUGACGAUGAUGAUUCUAUUAUUCGGAUUGGACGGCGGCAGAUUAUUUUGGCCAUGACAUGUGUAUCAUUUGAUGGGAGAUGGGAUGGGUGGAGAAAGGUUGGGUGUACAUCAAUAACAGUGGAAUAAAUAGCAGUUUGUUAU